AUGGAAGAUACAUAUCAUCAACAGUAUCAAUACCAACAACAACACCAUAGUAAUCAUCAUCACCAAAACAAUAACAAUAGUGGUAAUAGCAAUCAUAGUAGUGGAAAUAACAGUAACAGCGGUACCGCUAAUAACUAUAGAACUAUAACAUGUUGUGGUAAUAGUAAUUCAAAUACUGGUUGGGGUGCAAGAAGUGUAGAUCUCUAUGAGAGAAUCGAACAGAUCGGUGAAGGUACUUUUGGUCAAGUGUAUAAAGCAAAGAAUAAGUUAACAGAUGAAGUAGUUGCAUUAAAGAAGGUUUUAAUGGAAAAUGAAAGUGAAGGUUUCCCAAUUACAGCAAUAAGAGAGAUAAAGAUAUUAAAAGAAUUAGAUCAUAAGAAUGUUGUUAAAUUAAAAGAGAUUGUAACUUCAAAGGCAUCGCCUGCCAACAAUGGAAAGGGUAGUGUUUAUAUGGUGUUUGAAUUCAUGGAUCAUGAUUUGAACGGUUUGAUGGACAGUCCUGUUUUCAAGUUCUUCCAACCAGAUCAAGUUAAAUGCUACCUAAAGCAACUAUUAGAGGGUUUAGAUUAUUGUCAUAGAAACAAUGUAUUACAUAGAGAUAAUAAAGAAUCGAUUAUCAGAGAUAUUCCAUUUGGUGUGGAAACUGUAAAUUUUGGAUACGAUACAUAUAAAGUAGAUAAAACAAUUCCAAAUGGGUUUCCAUCGUCAGUGAAGAAGUUUAUAUUUAACUCGGAUAAGUCAAUUAGUGCACUGGGUUUCAAAAUUCCAAACACUGUCGAAGAAGUCGUGAUAAAACUAUAUUGUCGAGAUCAAUUCUCAACUAGAUGGAUUCCAGACUCUGUAAAAUCACUGACUGUUUCCUCUGGAGUGCUUCGAGAUGUUUUUAACUUACCAAAAUCAAUAACCAACUUGUGUUUAACAAGAAAUGAAAAUAUAGUUGAACUCCAAGUUCGAAAGAUUUAUGAUAAUCAUUAUCUCAUUUUCGGUCAAUCAAGAAUCAAUUUCAAUGCUGCAAUUGUAUCUCGUAUUCGAUCAUACCUGCCUGUUGUUGAUAGUUUAACAAUAAAAUCUAUUUGGUCAGUGUUAAAAGAUUCAUCACUACACAUUCAAUCAUUAACAUCAAAAGAAUCAGAGAUAUCACAACACAUUUCAGAAUUACAUGAAUAUUUAAGAGUUAUAGAACAUAAAUUAAAGAAAUCGAUCAAUGAUGAUAUUGACACACACAAUCAACAAGUUAAUCAAUUACUAAAUGAAUUAAAAUAUUUAGUCGAUAUAAAUAAUAGUAAUAAUAUCAUCAUUAACAACAAAGAAUAUAAUGUUAAUAAUAAUAAUAAUAGUAGUAGUAGUAAUAAUGAAUUUGAAGAAAUCAAACCAGAUAUUACAGAUGACUAUUCAUUAUCUACAAUAAUCAAAUCAAUCAAUGAGAAUUCAACUUUGAUAUCAUUCAUUGAAAAUAAUAGAGUUGUAUUUGAUCAACAAAAACAACAACAAGAUCAUAUCUCUAUAAUAGUUAAUCAAUAUUAUAAUAAUAAUUCAGAUUCAUGGUUAUUGGAUAGCAUCUAUAAAUACUCAAAACAAUUCAACCCACAACGUCAAUUACAAAUCGUUCAACCAUUCAAUAUCUAUACGAUAAAGUUUGAUAUUCAACCAUUCAGAUCGAUGAUCCACAAGUCGAUCAGUGUAACAAAACCCAACCAAACUAAAAAUACAAUCUUCUCUCUACAUAGAAACGGUGCAACUCUGAUUCAUUUCGUAGAUGAUGAUUACUUUCAUACGGAAGAGGUAGAGUUUCCCGAAGGUCAUAUACUCGACCUUCGAAAUACAACCAUGUCUACGGCAUUGGUAGGCGAGGACAUCUAUAUAUUUAGUGGUUUCAAUGCCGGCAGUAGCAAGCUUAUCAAAUACAAUAUCAAAGCGAAAUCGUUUAGCGUUGUGGAAGACGUCAAGAAUUUAACUCGUUACUAUGGUGUCUCGCUGUGUUAUGACGGUGACGAUCAUAUAUAUCUGGUUGGCGGAAACAGAGAUUCCAGACCCGACCCAACAAUAGAAUCGUUCAACGUGCACACUAAGCGACUGAAAAUCAAAGAGCCUUCUUUCAAAAACUAUUCAAACAAGGUGAUCUCAGUGUAUCAUCGUCGCGACGGAUGGAUCUACACGGUGCCAUCCGACGUUCCUCUGGUGAUAGCAUUCAAUCCCAUCUCAAUGGAAUCUGUAGAGUAUCGUUUCAACGAUCUGGAGUGUGCAUACAGUGGUUGUACUGACGAUGACGGUAACAUCUAUGUUCUCAACCACCGAAAGUACUUUAUCCGAUUCAACAUGGACACCAAACAAUUCCAACGACUUGAAAGUAUUGAAUUCUAUAUUAACUACUUAUCGAUGGUCUAUCGUAAGGUUUCACCCUCCAAGAAUUUCAUCUACUUGCUCACUGGCAGUCGUGAGAAUCUUCGAUACUCUGUCGAACAAAACAAAUGGGAACCAUUCUUUGAGAACGAUGAAAUCGAUCGUAAAAGAUUUGGAAAACAACUAAUAGAAGAGAUUCCUCUUAGUAUCGGUUCGAUUGAAAUUGGCACAAAUGGUUCCGAUUCAGAAGAAAUUCAACCAUUUAAAAGAGAUGAUCUUCCAAGUACCCUGGAGAUAUUGAUAUUGGGUGAGAGUUUCAAAUUUCCUAUUGAACCGUGUGUAUUACCAUCGUCUCUUAAGGUUCUUGAAUACUAUGGUGGUAAACAUACUCUAAAAGCUGGAUCAUUACCUCUAAAUCUUGAAGAAUUCCAAUAUCAUGGUGAUAGUUUACUACCUUUCGAAGAUGAUGGAGUAUUACCUUUGACACUUGCCAUAUUGAAAGCACCAUUAUCAUGUCUUCCAUCAAUCAAAUCACUUCCAAAUCUUAAAUCUUUGAUACUAACUAUCUGCCGUGUUCACCAGUUUUUCGAUUUUCCUUACGUGCCAGGACGAUUAAUAUCAUCUAUGCCACCAUCAAUCAAACAUCUCGAUCUUACACAAUUUUCAUAUGAUAUCGAUGAGAUAUUCAAAGAUCGAUCACAAUACCAAAUAGAGUAUCUAAUGGUAGAUGAAUUAAAAAUGGAAUUCCAUUUACAUCGACGGACUUAA